CAACUCAUACAUUUUUAACUUAAAUCAAUAUUGUUUGUUUGCAAUAUUUGAGCAAAUAAAAAAGAAUUGUGAAUAUGAUCGAAAUGACAUUCCAGACAUAAUUCGUUACAGGGACUUAAUUUUGUUUGCUAUUUCUGAUGAUCGCAUACAUUCACUAUUUCAUUGCUGGAAUCAAAAGCUCUACAUUCGACUCGAUGUAGAAAAAAUUAAUUUGUGGACCUGUAGAUUUGUUAUUGUUAAAUUUUAUGAGCUCCACGUCAGCCAAAUGAAAUGCACUUCAGCGGAGAAAAAAACAUUCUGGGAUAUAUUUUUUACACUUAUUGAAGAAAAUACAACAGUCACAAGCUGCAUUUUGCAUUAUAUGCCAUAUGAUAUGUACUGCCCAGAUCAUAUUGAGAUAUUUGAAAAGACCAUGAAAAUAUUCUCUGAAAAGAAAAGUCUCAGUAAUGUAACGCUUCAAAUGAUAAAUUACUCACCUGAACAUUUGGAACAAUUUCAUAAUUUGAAGAGUCUCAGUCUCUUUGUGCCAAUGAGAGCUAAUGAACUGAUAGAAUGUGUGAAAUCGAAUCCGAAACUAACCAACUUGGAGUUUACAAGCCCACAUAUAUACGGUAGACUGGCUGAUAUAGCACCUUACUGCGGGAACCUGGAAUCGCUGACGAUUCAUAUGAAACCGGAAACGGAUGCCAGCGAAUACAGUCCACUGGCCAAACUGCCGAAAUUGAAGAUUUUUGACAUUUUUGGGUAUCCACGAGAGGGCUCACUGAAUGCGCUAUUUGGAUCAAUGGCACUGAAUGACACUGUUCUGCAAUACAUUUCAAUACGGCAGGCAAAGCUCGGAACCGCGGAAGUCGAGGAGUUAUCAAAAGUGCAUGUAAACAGAUUAAAUUGCGAAUUGAUGCCAAGUCGAUUAAGAAAUACUCCUGCUUUACUUCAGUUGCCAAACAUCAGCGCACUAGACUUGGGAAUGGAACCUCUGAAACACAAUAAUCUCUACUACAACAGCAUACAUAUUAUGUCUAAUAUGGGUCAUAUUGCGCUUUCAAUUCAUAAAAAGUCUGACCAAGAUGUGUUGUUAAGGUUACACGACUGGCAUAAUAUGUUACAAGGCGGAACCAACCCACUAUGGUUCGAAAAACAAAAUCUUCUGCAGCAGAUUCAAAUGCGAAAUAAUUCUGAAUGUGGCAAAAAAGUAGCGUAUUUGUUAUUGCUGGAAGCCCUGCAAUCGCAGCUUCCAACUAUUACACAAAAUAUACACCGUUUAACUGAAAUCGGAGGACUGAAGGAGUUGGAGGUGAAAAUCAAGCUGAAUAUAGAAGAAGAACUACGGAAAUUUGUUGACUCUAGCGAUUUUGUUAGUUUUGAAGAUCUAGAAGGGGAUAUUGCGAUUGAUGCCGAUGUUCAAAAUAUUAUUAUUCUUGUCCAGCUGACAUAUCUCAAGGACAUCCUGAAAAUUUCCAAGUAUACGAAUAUAAAGAACAGCCUUGCUAUACAAAAUUAUUCGGCUUUAGCGAUUCCACAACUAUUUCCACGAGAAACUUAUCAGAAACUUAUCAAUACUUGCUGA